ACAGUCACCUGGCAAAGGUAAAAAUACUCCCAAACCCUCAGCGCACAAACUUGUUUUAGAGGAAUAAAAAGAGAUAGGAAGACCUGAAUAAUGUAAAUGUUCGUUAUCCGUGAAACUUGCAUUUUGACAAGCAACUACAGUGAGUUGGCCCAAUGAAUACUGAACUAUAAAUAUGGGUGCCAAUGCAUCGGCUUUGGAGAAGGAGAUUGGUUCGGACCAGUUUCCACCCAAUGAACACUAUUUUGGAUUAGUCAAUUUUGGGAAUACCUGUUACUGUAAUUCGGUUUUACAAGCACUGUAUUUCUGUAAGCCAUUCCGUGAGCGUGUACUUAGUUAUAAGGCACAGCCCAAGAAGAAGGAGACACUCUUGUCUUGUUUAUCAGACCUCUACAAUAGCAUCACAACCAGUAAGAAGAAAGUUGGUGUCAUUGCCCCAAAGAAAUUUGUUGCCAAAUUAAGAAAAGAAAAUGAACUGUUCGACAAUUACAUGCAGCAGGAUGCCCAUGAAUUUUUAAUAUAUUUGCUUAACACGAUAGCUGACUUACUACAAGCUGAGAAACAAGAAAAGCAAGGUGGAAAGAACAAAGCAAAUGGUCCACAAACAAAUGGCAUGUUGAUUAACCAUCACCCAAGUAAGACAGAUCCCACAUGGGUUCAUGAGAUAUUUCAGGGAACAUUAACAAAUGAGACGAGAUGUCUUACUUGUGAAGGAGUCAGCAGCAAAGAUGAAGACUUCUUGGAUUUAUCAGUUGACGUUGAGCAAAACACAUCCAUUACUCACUGUCUAAGGGUGUUUAGUAAUACAGAAACAUUAUGUUGUGAAUAUAAGUAUUAUUGUGAGACCUGCUGUAGUAAGCAAGAAGCACAAAAAAGGAUGCAGAUUAAGAAAUUACCACAGAUUUUAGCACUGCAUUUGAAGAGGUUUAAAUAUAUGGAGCAAUUGCAUCGGUUCACCAAGCUUUCAUACAGAGUGGUAUUCCCACUGGAACUACGACUGAUGAACACAUCAGAUGAUGCAGACUGCCCUCACAAGCUGUAUGACUUGGUGUCAGUUGUCAUCCAUUGUGGAAGGUAUUUCAACAAUUUUCAUUUAUUUAUUCCGAGGCAGAAAUCAGUCGGCUAAACUGGUGGUAGGCAC